UCCACCUCAACAUCCACAAAAAUGGAGUCUCUGUAUGCAAUUCCGUUCACUCUUUUGGAGUGUCCUAACUUGAAAUUAAAGAAGCCAUCAUGGGUCAAAAUGCCAUCAGCAAUGUUUAUGUUUGCUGCCGUUUUGGGGUCAUACUUUUUGGUGACCGGAGGUAUCAUUUAUGAUGUGAUUGUGGAACCCCCAAGUAUUGGCUCGACAACAGACGAAAGAGGAAAUUCCAGACCAGUAGCAUUCAUGCCUUACAGAGUGAAUGGCCAGUACAUCAUGGAAGGUCUCGCAUCGAGUUUCCUCUUCACAAUAGGUGGUCUCGGGUUCGUCAUCCUCGACCAGACAAAUAAACCAACAACGCCCAAACUCAAUAGAAUUCUCCUUCUUAGUGUUGGAUUUGUCUCCAUCCUUGUGUCAUUCUUUAUGUGCAGAGUCUUCAUGAGAAUGAAAUUACCUGGUUAUCUUCAGGAGUAAGAGGAGCUAGGGUUCAAUGCUGGGAGAUUACAUUUUGGUGCCAACCCUGGAAUAUCGUAACAAGUCAAAAGUGCUCUUCCCAAUCUUAUAAUUUUGGGAACAAAACAACCGUCCCAAAAUAAAAUUUUCUACUUAUCACAUUGGAAGUCCUCCAAUACCAGAUUUACUGAACUUCAAAACAAAGCAAAGAAAAUGAACAAUUAUAAACAUUUAGCAUAUUUGGUGAAAAUUGGACCAUUUCAGUUUUACAAGAUUAUCAUCCAGGUUCUGGUAGAUCUUAAAUUGAAGUGUGAAUGAUUGUAUGGUACUUAAGAAGAGUAAAAUAAUUUAAUGCAUUAAACUCCUUUCCCAGUUGUACAGUCCCAGAACCCGAACAUACAUUACUUUUGAGAAACUGUAUUGUUCACCCUGGUUGAUCUUGUGUACUACUAUUUACAAUCCAGUUCAUAUUUUGUAUUGUGGCAAUGUUAGGAAUUCAUUUGCAAGCCCUGUCGUGCUCAAAUGAAGACGGGAUCAUGUUGAAUUGAACAGAACUCAAGAGAAGGAAAGAAACUGUAAAUAUAAUCAAGUAACAACCAUGAUGCAAUUUCUUGUAUAAAACAAUUAAGUGGGUUUUUGUCAUUACACUGUGUAAUACAUGUGUGCAUGUAAUUUAUAAAAGAAAUAAAUAUGAGGAAAAAAAUUUGGAAA